GAGGUGACGACGAUGCAAGAAAACUAAUCAUUCAAUCUGGAAUGCCAACAUCUGUGGAUGAAUUGGCUCUUGAAAUUAAGACUUUCUUUGGUGUGACUGAGCAGUUCAGGCUUCAAUACAAAGAUGUAGAUUUUGGAAAUGAUUUUAUGAACCUUGUGUCAAUUUCUGACAUUCAACAUCGAAGUACUUUGAAAGUGGUAUGCUUGCCCUGUGAGGCUACCAGCUCAGUGAUCUCCUCAGAUUCACCCACUACAAACAUCUGGUCCACAAUACCAGCGACUCCUCCCAAUGCAUCUACUAGCUCCUCAUCACAACAACCAACUGAUUCAACAUCUGUCGACUGCCAUAGCAACAAUGAUACCAUCAUUUUGUCAUCUCCCUCUUGGUCCUGCUCUUGGCCUCAAGUCUUUGUCAUGCCACGGUUUUCAUAUUGUGCUGAGAUGGUGCUCCAGAAGGGAAAUGAUGAUUUUAAUGCAAAUGGAACUCUUCUUUCUCUUACCCCAAAAGUCAGAUCUGAUAUUCUUGAAGGCCUUGCAGAAGAAAUGAUCAGGUACACAGCAUAUCCAAGGGAUGAACAGUUUGAAGAAGUUGCUGAGGCCUUGGUAAAGACUCACCCAUGUUUGUAUGAGAAAGGAACUCACAAUGGUUAUUGUGGAUGGAAACACUACAUUAAGAUCAAGAUGAUGAACUUCCGCACCAAGCUUGGCCGAGCUGGACACCCAGAAGUCAUUGUCAACUCACUUAAGAACAAACGGAAAGGUCAGGGGAAACCAGCUGCGAACAUAAAGAAACUCAGGAAGGCAGAGGUUAAUUUCUGUCCAAGCCAUCCAAGAGGUGAAAUGACUGAAAGCCUAGAGGUGGAAAGGGUUGCUCUUUUGACUGAGGUAAAGAAAAAGAACAACGAGGCCGUGAUCAAGGAAAAGAUGCAGCGUACCUUCUCGUACAGACGACAAGAAAUUCUUCAGGAGCCAAUGAUUACAGAGGUCCGAAACAGAUGGCCAGCACUGUUUGAAGUUGGUGAAGUCAAUUUGGAGUUCAUGCGUAUAACAACUGUCCCUCUGAUAUCAAAAUUCAUUGGACAACUGGACAGAUACACUGAUGACCUGAUUAAGGUUUUCCGUGCCAAAGGAGGAUCUGCAGGACAGAAAAUUCGUGCCAUAAUGGCAUUGACAGCUAAAAAUGAAGACAUAAAUGUCAAGCGUGACUGUAUCCUGAGGAGCCUCAGUGACUACCUCAAUGAAGACAUGGAGACACUCAUCAAAGAGAACCAAGACUGCGAGUGCGCAGAGGCUGAGUUGGGGAUUGCACAGACAACAAUGGGCAUCUACAUCAUUCGGGUGGAUGGUGCUGAUCCUGGAGACAAGAUAUAUGCAGAUGUUGGUGUUGUACUUGAAGGUGUGGAAGUUCUGCAAAACCUACCAUGUGUCACCCUUGGAUGCGUGAUACUUUUCGGACUGAUUUAUGCACUUAACUUAAGCUACCCUAAGGACCUCAAGAGCAAUUCAAUUCAAUUCAAUUCAAUUUUAUUUGUAUAGCGCCAAUUCAUAACAGAAGUUAUCUCAGGACACUUUUCAAAUAGAGCAGGUCUAGACCGAACUCUUUAAAACAUUAAUUACAGAGACCCAACAGUACCACCAUGAGCAAGCACUUGGCGACAAG